AUGGCCACCAAGUGGUUCACUGGGGCGCCCUUCGGGGUUCAGAGCCACAGGUUCGACGUCUCUGCUGUUUAUCCCAACCAGAAGAAGUUCAGCACCUUCACAGAGGCCCCGUACUCCAGGGCUUAUUCCAUAGACGUGUCCCACAUAGGGCCUGGGUCCUAUGGCUGCAAGGAGACCUGCUUCAGCAAGAAGAAGCUGAAGAAGGAGGUGGGCACAGGCUGGGCCAGGGCCCAGGAAGCCACCCGGCUGACCCAGCUGCCCCACUUCCAGUACCAGACCAUCAUGAGAGAGAAGCAGCUGCAGAAAGAGAAGCUGGGGCCUGGCUCCUACAACUUCAAAGACUUCUUAGAACAGCUGCAGCAGAAACCGGGCAGCACUCGGGGGCUGCUCAGCUCUGGGGAGAUUCGCUUCCGAGGACUCAUUGGGAACUACUAUCCAGGCCCUGGAAAUUACGGGGAGAAGGGCAACCCCUACACGAAGCUGGAGGAGAGCACCUGGAACCGGUCUCAUUCUGAGGGCCUCAUGUGCAGGAUGACCAACAAGCCACCCCCCUUGGCUCACCAGGGGAGUGGUCUGGCCCCUGGCACCUACACCAUCAAAAGUGGCAUCGAGGCGUACCUGGCACAAUCCACGGGCACCCGAAGCCUCUAUGACACGUUCUCUGGCGACCGAAGCAAGCCCCAGCCUUUUGGAUAUCACUCUGUGCAGAAAAUAAAGCCCAGGGAACUGAUGAAUUUCAAGAGCUUCGUGGAAGAACUGAACUCACGUCACAAUAAGAAACGUGGAGUUUUUUCAAAACUUCCCCGCAACCCAGAAACCCCUACAGAAAGAAUUUACUGGGCCACCCUUAGCCAGUGUCCCCGAAAGCUAGCCACGUCUGGUCCAGGUAUGUGGCUUCCUCCAGAGAAGGAAUGCAGACACAUCAAGCAGCCACCAUUCCUGCUGUCCUCCAAGCGGAUAGGCAUAAAGGACUAUCAGAUGAUUUUGGGAAGCUGGAACCCCAUAGGUGUGGGUCGCUACCUCAACACCAGGCUGUUAGAGACAAAGGACCAUCGGCAGCGGUACCGGUCCCUGUUCAUGGGCGGAUCCAAGCGCCACCCCUCGGACCCUGCCCGGGACAGGCUUAUGCAGGAAAGAAUCACACCUUUUACUAAGGGGAAGUACCCUCCAACUGUGGAUCAUAAUUCAGAUCCUAUUCCCUAAAGCCGCACACGAAGGACAGCCUGCAGUGACCGGAGGACCCAAAGGCCUGAAGACAAAUCUAGGAAUGGGAGGAUAAAAGUGGGGAUGGGGGGUGGUCUUGGAGAAGGGACACAUGGGACGCCUGGGAGAGGGCAGAGGGGUGGUGGGAUGACAUUUACUGGCGACAUCAACCCAGAAGUCACCAUGUCUACUGUGACAGCUGGGGACCAGAUAUCUUUUGAUACAAGA